AUGGACACUGGAAUGUCUUCUCAUUUUCCAUUUGUUCUGCCUUCUCGCAAUUCCACAAACAUUUUUUUCGCUGCAAUCUGCUUCCUUCCCUGCUGCUUCUCAACUCACUGGACGUUGAAAAAAAAUUUUUUUUCCUCCUUCUCACCGACUAUGUUUCUCGACACUUCUUCAAGGUUUUCUCUCUUUUUCUUUCUUUUCCUUUUCUUUAUGUUUUUCUCUUCCCUCAUUCGUCUUUCCUUUUCUAUUUUUCUUUCCGUUUUUCUCAUCAUUUCCUUCAUAUUUUUUGCUUUUCUCUUUCUUUUUAAUGUUUUUUCUUUCUUUUCUCAGAUUUUUGGUUUUUCCAUCUUCCUUUUUAGCGUGAUUUCUCUUUCUUUCUUCUUUUCUCACUUUUUCAUUCAUUUCGAUCUUUUAAAAAUGGAUAAUUCAGCCAUAUUUGCUGUAAGCCGCGGUGGAAGCGAUGCUGGCCGAGUGUGUGUGCGUGGCCGCCGCGCAGCCACGACCCCUAAAACAAUAUCCUCAGCGGCUGGCAUUCAGUCGUUUUUUUUCUUUUCAUCCUUUCACCGCCAUCAUCAUUCAUUCUCCCCCCCUUGUGAGCAUUGUCCGCGACUAUUCCACCACCGACUGGGGCUCGCCUGGCCAUAUACCCGUGUUCUUUCCGUAAAGCCAAAGUCAUCUAUUAUUUCAGGAAUUCUAUUAACUCAGAUGAUGAAAUUAUUUAAGCAUCUAUCUAUCUAUCUAUCUAUCUAUCUGUUCAUAUCUAUCUAUCUAUCUAUCUAUCUAUCUAUCUAUCUAUCUAUCUAUCUAUCUAUCGCAGUCUGUUCAUUAUCUAUCUAUUUAUCUAUGUAUGUUUUACUGCCUGUAAAUGACUACUUUCACCAUUACUAUUACUAUCUAAACCCUUUCAUAUCUAUCUAUCUAUCUAUCUAUCUAUCUAUCUAUCUAUCUAUCUAUCUAUCUAUCUAUCUCAGUUUGUUCAUAUCUAUCUAUCUAUCUAUCUAUCUAUCUAUCUCAGUUUGUUCAUAUCUAUCUAUCUAUGUAUCUAUCUAUCUCAGCCUGUUCGUAUCUAUCUCAUCUGUUCAUUAUCUAUCUAUCUAUCUAUCUAUCUAUCACAGUCUGACAUAUCUGUUUUGGCUGUCUGCCACGAAAGGUUUCUUGUUAGACUAUAGCAUUGUGCGGAUAAUGAUGCGACUUUCACUCUCUCUCUCUUCUCUCUCUCUCUCUCUCUCUCUCUCUCUUCUGUUCAUUAUCUAUCUAUCUAUCUAUCUAUAUCAGUCUGUUCAUUAUCUAUCUAUCUAUCUAUCUAUCUAUCUAUCUAUCUAUCUAUCUAUCUGUCUGUCUGAACCGGACCAUAACACUAUCUAUCUAUCUAUCUAUCUAUCUAUCUAUCUAUCUAUCUCAGGCUUUUCAUUAUCCAUGGAUGCCUUCUAA